UUUUUAUUCUAAUUAAGAAAAAGAUAAAAAACAAGAUCUUCCUGCGGUACCAUCUAUAUAAGCGUCAAUAAAACCAACGAAUAUUUAAUCAUUCUUCUUAACCCAUUCUUUAGAGACGAAAUAUUUGUUAAAAUGAAGAUAAUCAUUUUAUUUUGUAUAUUCUUCGUGAUGGUUUGGUCUUAUCCAGCAAACGAAAAAAAUUUGCCAGCUAGCAUCGAUAAUAUCCCUAAUACAGAACUCGUUCUUCCCGCUGCUGAAAUUGAUGACGCUUUAGAAACUUCGGAAUCUAGAUAUGGUCAUUAUGGAGGUGGACAUUAUGGUCAUUAUCACCAUCACCACCAUCACCAUCACCCGCAUCAUCAUGGAUGGGGAAAAUAAGAACGUCUUAUAAAAAAACCCUGCGAUUUCUUAAUUUCUUAAAUAAAGUAAAAAUUUUAAAAAUGA